AUGGCUUCCAAGAAAAACUUCCACUGGCGCCAAGCCAAACCAGGGAUAUGGCAACGCUACAUCGACGAGCUUGAGCAAUUCUACUCGACCAUGGUCACUCUAUACGAAGGUAGUGGUCGAAUGUUCUUUGGCAUUACCGGCCAUGUAUCGCUCUCUAUCGAAAACACUGGAAAUCUGCCACUGGAGAAAGCUGAGCUGGAGGUCGAUAAAGCAUUGCGAAAAGCCUGGCUUGCUCUGAGGCAUGCCCACCCUACACUUGCAUCUCAGGUCACUCAUGACAUUGAGACAGGCCAAUGGGUCAAAACUUACAAAGAAAUCCAAUGCGAAGCAGAGAAGGACGAAUGGCUUGAAAAGACUCUUGUUCACGUCUCGAACGGCCAGAGUGGUAAUCAGUGGGCAAAUUCAGACCCUCCUGCUCCUAAAUUCCCAAAAUUGUUCAUCAUGGAUCUUCCUUCGAAACAAGGAGAUGAGGGUUCACAUACGGUCCAUCGAGAUCUCGUCUUCCGCUCUCCCCACGACAUCAUCGAUGGAAUCGGAACACUCAUUAUGCUAAACAACUUCAUCACUUUCGCCGCCGAGGCCUACGAGAAAGGCGAUACCUACGAUCUCCCUGUUCUCGACGGCAGCGAGGCAGCAAAUCUGAGUCCUCCAUACAGGAUAGCAGCUGAGAUCCCUGAGAGUCUAAUCCAGGCUCAGCUAGACAGACUAGACCAAAUGGCGGCUCAAAAGUCCGCUGCGACAUCUGACCCGAAGGUCGAAAUUCUUGCGUUACCCUUUCGACAUGGCGCUGAGGUACCAGGCCGUCAUCAACGUGUGGCGCUUACUCUCCCGAAGAAGGAAACGCUACAAUUAUUGGCAUCGUGUAAGAAAGCUGGAGCUACACCAACGCAUGUGUUCCACGCCGCUGCUGCCAUCGUCAUGCGUGAUCUCCAGGACAGACCAUCAGAGACCAAAAGAGUUCGCUAUAUCAACUACAUCUUACGAAACGAACGUUCAAAUUGCAUGGAGCCAUACAGCUCUACUAAACACCCCGCUGCGGUGUAUCACUCUGUCUCUGGUCAAAGUCUCGUUGUAGACAUGGAUCUAUCUCCAAAAGGCGAGCAGACAGAUAAAGAAGAGUUUCUCUCCAUCCUCGAAACCAUCAAAGACUUCUACCUCACCGUGAAGCAAGACAAAGAAUUCUACAUCCUCGCCCCGGUGAUGUUCUCACAAGGUACCCCAGCACUGCCCUCCUACCCUCGUCCUCUCCCCGUGCCUGCCCCCAACGCUCACCCGUCCGUAUCGAUCUCGAGUAUGGGACGCACAGAUACGAUAGUGGCUCCGCGAACGAAAGCUUUUAGCGCUCGAGAUCCUUGGGUGACCGGCGAGGAGCUUGGUAACGGGCUGGGGGGGUUUCUUGGGACGUUCGAGGGCGAGUUGUGCUUGAGUGCUGCGUAUAAUGAUGCUUGGCAUACGGAGGGUGACGUUAGAGGGUAUCUUGAGCGUUGUAAGGAUGUGGUGUUUUCGGGGCUUGGGAUCGAAUAG